UUCUCAUUCUUUGGGUCCUACAUAAACAAAAAAAUUGAAACAUUUUAUUUUCCCAAAUUUUUAUAAAAUUUAUUUUUUUUUUUAAGUUAAAAAAACGUGUUGAAUGUGGAGCUAAAUGUGGCCAAAGACGUUCUGAUUUAGAAGUGUCCAAAUUGGGUCCGUUUUCCUAUGUUACAAAUAGUUUUUAGGUUUGCAAUUUUCUUUUUACGCUUUACAUCGAUACUCUUACAUGAGACAUACAUUAUGUAAAGAUAGAUAUUAAACAAAAGCUUAAUAUUUACAUCUAAAAAUUUAGCGCUGCAAUAAUCCAACUUAAAAAGUAGGUAACUCCAUGGAACUUUAAAAGCUUUUUUAGCCUUUUUUUCCCUUAAAAAUGAAAUACUUGUUUGAUAACAGAAAACAAUUAGUACACAUGUUCGUAUUCCAGUGCUAGCUACUGUGUGAAAAUUGUACAUAUUCCACUUCGGAGGAAAGCAGCAUGUACAUACAUAUUUCAACGAUUUCAACCCAGCAGCUCAUAGACCUGAUGCUUCAGUCACUCCUCGGCUACCGAAGCAACAGGUUGACUGAGAAAAUCUCCCCAGUUUUGUAUAUAUAUAAUUCUGUGGCCAAGGUCGUGCACCUUCCAGUUGACUCUCCCUCUGGUCACAUUUCGUGAGAUUAGGUAUCCGCAGCAUAAAGCUGACUGAGCUGAGAGUGUUUUAUCAUUUUUUUUUCUUUUUGGGAAUUUGAAUAAAAUUUAUUAUUUGGUCAUCUAAUGUGAUUAUUUCCACGAAAUUCGUUGUGCUAAGAAGGACAUUGCAAAUUCCUAAUUUAUUAAAUAACAAGGAUAUAGAAAUAAUUCCUAGAACUGAACGCAUCUUGGGAAGCUUUCAAUUUGAGAGGGGCGUCUAUUUUUAAAGUUGCCACUCUCUUGUGGGUGCUGUUCUGUAUAGAAUAGCAGUGUUUUAAUCCCUGCUGGAUACAAAUUUGUUCUCAUCUUGGUGUGGUGAUGUGUGUCAAGCGAAAAGGUGAAAUGAUGCAAAGAAGACUAAUUAUGUUCGGUAUGGUCCCAUGAAAAUUUGUGUGAUGAUAUACACAUCAUCAUCCCUCUCCAUCCCCCCCCCCUCAUGUUCAUCAAAGUGGUGUAAUUUUUUUAUUACAUAUUAUAUGCUGUGUCGUUCAGUGAGGAAAGGAAAAUUAACUCUGGCAAAUUAAGUGAAAGAAGCUUCUAAUAUUAACGGAGAUAUUUAAUGGCAUUUUUCAUUAAUUAAUUUAAGUACCUUUCCUACCAUUAAUAUUUUCAACAACUCACAGUGGGAGGCCACUUGGCAAAAUGUGUGCCUCGGUGGUUAUUACACUAGAAAUCAAUUAACUCUAUUCUGGUGAUUUCUGUGUGUGAAUUGUAGUUUUGUGUGUCGUCACAACACGGAAGAGGGGUGUUCAUGCGGGGGUGAUGCUGUAUGCUUUUGUGAAGAGAAAUUCGAGGGUGUAUAGAGACACCGGGAGUCCCGAAGGAAAUUGAAUUCCAAUGUGAAUUGCACUGGGACAAGUAAGGGAAAGGAAGUGUGUGCUGUGAAACAUAAAAUACAGCAUUAUCCCGGAGCUCACAGAGGGUUGGCAUGUAAUCGAUAUUCCAACUCACACCAUUGGAGGCAAAAAAAAUUCUUUUUUUUUUUCAAAUUGUAUAUAAAAUAUUCACGUGAAAAUUAAUUCGCGAGUUGGGAGUAAUUGUGGGAAUUCGCAAAUUGGCUCUUUCAUCAUGAAAUGACCCCUCCUCCACAUUAUAUGUAACUGGGGUAGAAAGUUUGUCAAGCAAUAAAAAUGAGUAGCUCAACGGACUAUGACUAUUUGCUCAAGUUCCUUCUCAUUGGGGACUCGGCUGUUGGUAAAACAUGCCUCCUCUACCAGUACACAGAUGGCGUUUUUCACCAAUCAGCACGGUUCAUUUCAACGGUGGGAAUUGAUUUCCGGGAAAAGCGAAUUCUGUACACAUCAGGAGCCCGCACACAUAGACUAUUCCUCCAACUCUGGGAUACAGCUGGUCAGGAGCGAUUUCGAAGUUUGACUACUGCCUUCUACCGCGAUGCAAUGGGAUUCCUUUUGAUAUUUGAUCUCACCAAUGAGCGUUCUUUUCUUGAAGUUCAGAAUUGGAUUGAGCAAUUAAGGUUUCAUGCUUACUGUGAAACUCCAGAUAUUGUGCUCUGUGGCAACAAAUGUGACUUGGAUCAUAUGCGGGUGGUGAGUGAGUCACGCGCAAGACAAUUUGCAGAACGACACGGUUUGUCGUAUCUUGAGACGAGCGCCAGCACUGGGCAGAAUGUGGAAAAGGCCGUGGAAAUGCUCGUGGAGAGGGUAAUGUCUCGCAUGGAGACUGCCAUGGACUUGACUACACUGCCCGGAAGACGCGGAAGACCCAGACGCUUUGAAGAUGGCAAUGGUCAUAACAUUCAGACAAUUAGUGCGCAAGAUACUAAGACUUGUUCUUGUUAAACAUAAGACUCGUUAAUUAAUUCAUGUGUUGCCAAGGGGAUGGUUUAACCUCAUUUUCAGUGAAGAAAAGUCACUUUUUGUUGAACAAAAUGUAUGAGGAAUUCUCGAAUCUCGCCCAAUCUCGACCGAUUCCCGAGAAACACUUUAACUUUUUUUAUAUUAAUAAUGUUAUUUCGAUGAUGAGAAGGGAUCAACCGAGAGCUAAUUAAAUGUACUUUCGAUUGCAAGUGGAAUUGUGCAAAUUGAUCGCAUAUUUUGAUCGGAAGAACCUGCUGCCUCACUAAAAGUACUGAUUUCUCGGGGUUGGGCAUCCCCUUGUGUGUUGCAUUUUACCGAU